UAGCACCAGGGUACCUGAACCGAAGACCUUACCCGUCAUCGAACAAUUUGGGUAUUUUUUAAUUUUGCAAGCCAUAAAGUGAAUAGUAUAAUAUAAACAAUUAUAAAAGUUUUGAAGUUGAGAGUAUGGCCAGAAAUUUAGAAUAAACAUAAAAUAAGCGUGAAACCAGCCGAAAAGUGUAUUGUCUAGUAAUCGAAACUUAUUCAUGUGUUGCGCAAUGUCAGGGUUGGAUGAGUAAACAUCCCUAUGAGGAAAUUUUCAGGAAUUUAUGCUUGCGUGAAAGGUCUUUAACUUGAUUAGCUUUGAAAAUGGCUGGUUAUCCUAACUUACCUAAUGGACAGUUUUUACCGUCACCUUCCCCAUCACCAUCAGGACCUUAUUCUCCAAGAACACCACCUCCACAAAGAACAAAUAUACCCCCCGCAGCAAAUUACGUACCACCUUCAGCUUCCCCAUAUCCAGUUGGAGGUCUUCAAGGUACUUUGUCGAGUGUUACCAAAGAGGUUGGAGGAGUUCUUAAAGGCUUGACAAAAGCUGGUGCAAAAGCUUUGAAUAAAGUUUUAGAUCAUACAGCAUUACUGAAUGUCAAGAGUGGAAAUGUUAUACAGUUUAUAUCUCGUAUCACUGGAUUAUCAUUGCAAAUUCUUCAAUCACCAGACGGUCGUCUAGUUCUUGAUUGUCUUGGGGGAGAUGGACAUCAGUUUCAUAAUGCCCAUUUUACAGUAGUGAAAGAUAGAGAAGGCUAUAUCAUGCUUCAUAACAAUUUCAAUUAUUUAGCAAUUAAAGAUGGUUUAGCACAACUGUACUCAGCUGGUCCAUCUGGUCUUCCAACACCUGAGUGCCGGUUUAAGGUUAAAGAAGUGUUAAUGCAAAAUCAGUUUGUGACUAUAGAAAGUGUUUCUGAACGAGGAAGGUAUAUUGCAGUCCUACCUAACGGGCAGAUGAAAUCUGCCAUAGCUACCAGUGGAGCAGAUCAAGAUACACAUUUUGCUGUCCGUCUGAUUUAUAAUCCUCAAGCUGGUGUUUCUGGUCUUUGAAUACAAAUACUCCAGAUCACAUUACAGCAGCAUAUUGAGCAGGGAUGUAUAAAAUUACUUGAGGACAUUGUAUCUAAAUAUGUGAUAUUUUAUUUUUCAACACACAUGCUUAAAUGGGAAAUAUGUUUAUUAUCCAUGCUGUGUUUAGAAGCAUGAGAGAGUAUAAGAAAACUUUUAUUAUCAAAUCUGUAGUCAGUCAGUGACAUUUUCUUUUUAAAUUCAAGCAACAUUUAAAAUAUGCACGUAGAAGGAUAUAUAUUUUUACUAUGCCUAAUUUGAGCGUAUGGGAGAAAAUGUAUACAAUUCCUGUUUUAAAUCCACUUCCAAAGUUUACUUGUGUGUGCACAUAAUAAUGCCAUAUGUUCAAUGAAAACUGUACCUUAAGUAUCAUCUAGAAGUACUUUGUGAAAUAGUGGUUUGAAUGAAAUUGUUAUUGAGAGGAAUGUUGUAUUCCUUUGUAAUUUAUUUUAUUUCGUGAUCUGAUAAUGUGUAGUAACACUAUUCUUGCUGUUCUCUUAAGCAUAUACCUGCUUCUUUCUCGUUUUUUUUUUUUUUUUUUUGGAGGGGGGAGGGAAAAGUGCAUAUUAAAUAUGUUAUAAAUGCUUAAAUAUCAUAAAUUUAGUUGUAGAUACUAUACCUAUAUUUCUAGGAUACUGAUUGACUAACAGAUAAAGGAGUUGUUUAAAGGCUAUUUUAAGAUUCCAAAUUUCUAUCAACUUAAUUUGGACUCUCAUUUACCAGCAUUUAUUUGGCUCAGAUACACAAAUUCUUUUCUAAUACUUAUUUUCAUAAUGUUUUUAAUACAGUGUAUAAAAAUCAGCUCAUUUUUUAUUAUUAAUUAGUAUAAAAAUGUUAAUCCCAUUUUUGUGUUAUUGAUUCAGAAUUAACUUUUUUGGUAUUUUGUUUUCUAUAAUCAAACCAAAAUGUACCAUGAUUAUUCAGCAAUUCAGUACAAAUAUAUUUGAAUUUAGGGAUAAUUACACAGCUCAUUUCCUUUUAAUAUUUGUAUUUGGUAUAUUUUUAAAUUGUGUUAAAAUGUGUAACUAUUUUUCCCUCCUUCCUUUUGGCUUCAUAUCUGCAUUAUAAUAUAGAAUAUAUCGAUUAAAAGAAUUUUAUACUAAAAAUAAGACUAAUUGUUUUGAUGCAUGUAAUUUUUAUUAGUUGCAUUUUUUAAAUCAUUUAUUGUGUAUGUUUUAUUCUAGAUUUUAUAAUUCAAAAUGUUUAUGUUUGGAAAUAAAUCCAAGAGUAUAACAUAUUGAACAAGCCACAAAAAUGUUUUGGGGAAAUAAAAUAUUUAUAUUUUUUAAUCCUGUGUUUUUUAUAUAGUUUAUAAUCUUUGAAUAUUAAUUUUCUAUCAGUACAUAUAUACCUUUUUCCGUAUAACUACUAGCGGGUAAGCGCACCAGAUGAGCAGGCUGCAGCCAAAGCAAAAUUUGUGAGUUGUAUGUACGCCUGAAAAGAAAAUGUAUAAAACAUUUCAGUAUGAAUGAAAUCAGUUCUGUGUAUUUUGUUUUUGUAAUUUAUCUCACUUGUCUGACAGUAACAUCAGAACAAGCCCAUGAAAUUCAUCAUGGCAAGGAGUGCAAGAUUGUGCCCAUCACAUGGCUAGAGCCUUGAGCAUCAUACAGGUGACAGUACGACUUAGUUACUGCUUAGUUAUGCUCCCAGUUUUGAUGGAGAGCACUCAAGGGUGUCCGAGGGUUUCCCACCUGCCUUUCCCUACCAUCAGCCUCUCGAAAGGACUUUUAGCUUGCCACAUAUUUAAAGUGACCUCAUGCUGCAUGUAUACUAUGCAUUUGCAAACAUCCAGCCCUUCUCUGAGAUUCAAGCCCGGGCCCUUUGGGUACCUCAGUGGGUUCCUCUAACCACUAUGCAGUCUGGGCAGCAUUCUGUGUAUUUUAGUAAUAAUAAUAAACAGGCUGCAUGAUUGCAUAAAAAAUUUUAUUCUACCUCUGUUUAGAAAAGAUGGAUGGCAAUUUUUAAAUUGUACCUCAUACGCACUUUGAAGCAGCACACCAAAUAGCAGUGAAUGAAAAUGGCCAAAAUGGCUUCCCAUGAAUUUUUGGAAUCUAUUAGUUCAAAACAACAUAGCAUAAUGCUUUGAUAAGGUUAUACAGAAUCAAUUUUUUAGCAUCUAAUUUAGCUAGUUAUUAGUAAGGCAAACUUAUUUAUGGCAAUAGAUGCUAAACUUUUGUGUAGGGUGCCUUAGAAUAUUGAUCAGUUAGUUUCUAAAACAUCUUUAUAAAUGAGCAAAGAGUGCAUAUCAUGAGUAACGAUGUGCACUUUUUCCAUCUACUUAUUUUUAAAGUUAAAAUUAUUGCCAGUGAACUUAUAAACAUUACUGCUGUGGUGGUUUCUCCCCCCCCCUUUCAAGCAUUUUAAAAAAGUUCUCAAAACCUUUUUAGUGAAAAUAUUCAGUUAUUGUCUGACAGGUUUGUUCGGAAAGUAAAGCUUAUUUGUGAACAUUUUAUUUUUCUUCAAGUACCACAUUUAAGAUUACUAACAAAAUCUAGUAUGUGGGUGUUUGUAUGACAAUCUCUUGUUAAGGUUUAAAUAAGAGGAUUAUCUUCCGUUAUUAAAUUCUUUUAAGAUUGAUGGCAAAAAGUGUACUCUAACUUUUGCAAAGAUUCACUAGUUUAUGAUCUUUCACAACAGUGUUUCCCAAUGUGGGGAUAUAAUCCAGCAAUGGUUCAAGAGACAGUUUUUGCAAAAGAUUUUAAUUUAUCUUUCUUUUGUUAAUUCUGCAUAUUUAUUUAUUAUUAUUUUGUUACAUAAUUUUCUUGUAGGAAUUUUCUUUCACUCCUAGCCUAUAUUUUUCCAACUAUUAAUUUGGUUUAUAAAUCAUAACUGUAUUAUGUGGAUUACAGUGAUAAAAAGUUUGGGAAACAUUUUACUAUAUUUUUUAUUUUUUCUGUGAAUGCUUGAAAUGUAUGGCCAUUCUCUAUGAAAAUUAAUUAAUGAAAUUUUAUCUAUUCUUACCUUUUCUUUCUUUGUAGAAAAAUUGCUAUCAGUAAUUUAAAAUUCAUUAUUAGUUUCUGCUAUGGCUGUGUAAUAUUUAAUUCAAUUUUUUUUAUAAAUCUAUUUUUAAAUAAAGCAUCUAUUUUGAAUUAUAAAGUUUUUUCUACUUUCUUGGUUUUCAACAAGAUUUAAAAAAAAAAAAAAAAAUACAAAUUAAACAUGUUUAUUUGUUGCUAAUUAUAACUGCAAAUUUUAUCCUUGUAGUAUAAUGUUUAGCACCCAGCAACAUGCAUUCCUAAAUUGCACGGUACAAAUUUACGAAUGGCCUUUUGUAUAAAAAAUGUCAAAUUAUCAUAAAAUGUGUCUGAAGAAAGAUAGUUACAUCUAUUUUUAUGUUACAGUAUAAGUAAAAUUAAGGUAUAUUCAUACGAAUGAUUGCACUUUAUUCGUAGUUUUUUACAUAUAAUAUAUGUACAUUAUAGGAAUUUACAUAUACUUUUGGUGAAGAUUUACGUAUAUUUAUCGCAUAUACAUAAAUCUUUCCAAUUAUUUACUGUGUAUGCUUUUAGUGAAAAUAUAUGUAAGUCUGCGCAAUUUUUCUACUUGAAUAAACAUUACGCUAAAAUUUA